GGCUCUGAUUAAUUGUCAGAGCAGCUGAAAAAUAAGGAGAGCCAGCAAAGGCGAGACUGCCCAGGGCAGGGGGACGGCUCGGAGGACUCUGCUGUGAGCCCUGAGCCUCCUCCAGGCUGGGUACAUAGGGAGGAUGAAAUGCUGCAGCUUCUUGUUAUCUCUUCCCUGUCUCCUCUCCAGCUGCUGUGUCUCCAUGUCAUGACAGAGCCAGGCACUGCAGGUCUGUGCCAUCCCUCUCGGGGCAGGGGCUGAAAGGCAUCGCUGGUGCUGUCGGGCAUCUGCCACCCACCCUCAAGCAAGUCCCUCGCAACCACAGAGGUCUCCAGACCCCCAGGGGCCUCAGCACUUGUGGCCAGCCCAGAAAGCAUCUGCGGUGCUCUGUGCCAGGCUCCAUCCCCGGUCCCCACUGGCCGCGCGCCGGCCGUGUCACUCUCGGUCACCACCUCGGCCAGGCAGUCACAGCGUUGUUCUAGGCCAGGCUCAGCCCAGAGGGUUUCAAAGCCACCGCGCCGGCCGUGCCGAGGGGGCUGUGACCACCGGCGAGUGGCCAGCCGGGGUGGAGUGGCUUCCCCACCCUUCCUGCGUGAGUGGGGCUCCCUGUGCCAAGGAAUGCAGGAGUCACCGGCCGGGGAGCUAGCACCGCGCCGGCAAGGAGCCCCGAGCCCUGGUGAGCCACGGCUCCGUCACAGCGGGAACGGCCCCCGCCACGCGGGAACAGCCCCGGCAGGCGGCACCCCUUGCCGCGUCGGUGCUGCCCCGGGGCCAGGCUGCGCACAGGGGCCCCGAAAUCACAGACGCGGCAAAGCACGUGCCGGGCUCGGCCCCAAUUUCCAGCACGGGGCCGGUAAGGGUUAACUGGCAGCAGUGAGCUCAGCUCCGGGCCAGUAAAUGGAGCAGCUCUUGGCCCCAGGGAGUGUUUGGGACCAGCUGGGCGGUGCUGCCGAGCCGGCUGGGGCAGUCGUGGUCUGGAAAGCACCAGCAUGGCCGAGCUGUGCCGCAGGGCACUGCAUGGGUGAGCCGGACAUGGGGCCUGACCCAGCCCACAGCACCAGAGCAGCCCAGUGUGGGGGCUCAGCCAGCUCAGCCCCUCCAAGGGACACAGGCACGGAGAAUGUCCAUGGCUGGGGCUUCCCCUGGGGCUGAGCAUCGCCAGCGUGGUCCCCAACACCUGCUGCAAAGCAUCCCUGUCCCUGUUCCUCUGUCCCACUGCCCAGCAUCCCUGUCCCCAAAUCUUCCAUCCCACUGCCAAACAUCCCUGCUCCUCUGUCUCCCACUGCCCAGCAUCCCUGUCCCCAAAUCUUCUGCAGAGCAUCCCCGUCCUCAACUCCUCCAUCCUUUGCAGAGCAUCUCUGCCCCCCAGCUCCCACCCUCAGAUCCCAGCAGGUUUCGGCCCCUCUCUUCCUCCGCUCUGGCUGUUCCAACCACAUUGUACAUCCUUUCCGCUGUGCUGAGCGUGGCCGGGGGUGUGCUGCCCUGGCUGCUGCCAUGUCCCCGUGCAGUGAGCCAUGGCCUGGAGCACCAGCCAGGCCUCCACACUGUACUUCAGCAGUGCCAUCAGCACCAGCAUAGGCUUGGUGGGUGCCAUGGUCCUCACACAGCUGCGGCAUCCCCAUACCCACUCACUGAGGGGGCAGGACUGGAGGAGGGAUCUGCUGAAGCUUAAGCCCAUGGUCAAACCACACCUUUAAGCUCUUCCAAUUGCCCUGAGUCCUGCCCCAAGACCAAAAUCGGUUUGGGACCUGCAUGGGGCCAAGCUGGCACUUCCAUGCAGCUGCAGUGCUUGGCCACACUUGGGCUGCUCCCGCAGGGUCCCAGGCAGCCUUUUCCCACCAGCCACACUCAUGCCGCCAGUGCCCACACCAGGGUACCAGCCACCAGGCACCAUGGGAUCCACAGUCCCCCUGAUCCGCACUCCGCUGCUCUGGAUGCCCCAGGGCAUGAUGGUGCCCCCUGCCCGCACUGUCUACAGUGGUCCCUGGCCCAGGUCUGGCAGAAUGGGGGCCCAUAGCAUGGCGAUGCUUAAUUACCAGGUAGGGAGUGGAGCAGGGCGGCAUCGCUCACGCACAGCUUGGAGCCACUCAGUCAUCCCAAAGGCAUCCGCCCCACAGGGAGGAGCACCCUGGCCCAGCAUGUAAAAGCAGCCCCGCACAGCCGGCUGCCUUGUCGCCUCAGAGCCUCCUCUGCUCCUGCUCCUCCUCACCACCCGGCACGGCUGCAGCGUCAUGGCAGGGCACGGCGCCAGCCUGCUCCUGCUCCUGGGUCUCAUGCCAGCUCUCCUCCUGGCCGUAAGGAUCAACAGCAAGGGCCGGGAGGUGCUGUACCUGGCCAAAGGUGACUCGGUGAAGCUGGGAUGCCCCUAUGUCCUUGAGCCCGAAGACAACGGUCCCCAGGGCGUGGGCAUCGAGUGGAUCCAGAUCACGCCCGAGCGGACCGGCCCAGAGAAUGUGUUCCUGUCCUACCAUGACCACCACGUCAACUACGGCAGUGGCUCAGGGCUGCAGGACCGAGUGGCCUUCGUGCAGAACGACCCCAGCCAGUACGACGCCUCCAUCCGCCUGGCCGACCUGCAGGUCUCCGACACUGGCACCUACCAGUGCCGGGUGAAGAAAAACACUGUGGCCGUGCACGAGGUCAUUGUCACUGUGCAAGAGAAGCCAGUCACCCCACAGUGCUGGACCGAGGGGGAGCUGAUAGAAGGGAGCAGCAUCCUGCUGCGAUGCUACAGCCGGGGAGGCACCUCCCCGCUUGCCUACCAGUGGGCCAAGCUGGCUGACGGCUACGGCGGGGGACGCCUGCCCUCCGGCACCAUCCAAGGACGUGCUCCUGGCGACCUGUUAAUCCGUAGCCUGUCGGAGGUGCACGCCGGUGUCUACCAGUGCCGCGUCACCAACCGUGUGGGCUACUCCGUGUGCCAGAUCAACCUCAACCCCACACCAAGCUGUGCUCCUGCGGCAGGAGGAAGGCAAGCGGGCAUCAUCGUGGGCUCCAUCCUGGGCUCCCUCCUGCUCCUCAGCCUGCUUGGACUCCUCAUCUGGGCGCUGAUCUGCCGCUACCGCCGGAAGGAGUGCCAGCGGACCUGCAGUGACUGCAGGAGCAGCACAGGCGGCACCAUGACCCGCACCUGCAACGUCUGCGCCCACCACAGCUACUCACCCCACGGCAUCAGCUACAUGCAAUGCCAGCACGGCGACGGCGACGAGCGGGCGGCCGCCCUCAUGUGCAACGAGGGCAUCCGGCACCAAGUCGCCUGCCCGGCGCUGUAACCCCCCGCCUGCCCCACACCUGCCCCCGAUUCGGCUCUACGGGGGGAGCAACUGCAAGCCCAGAGCUGGCGGCACUGCCGGGAUCCGGCACCAAGUGGUGCAGGGCUGUGCUGCCAGGGCUUGCCAUGCAAACUGAAGUCAGGAAUCCAGCUCCCUCCUCCCCCUGAAACAGCCCUGGCUUCCAGCAAACCUUGUUUGGGUUCAUCAAUCUGUUUUGUUGGUUUUCUUUUUUUUUUUUGGCCCCUUUUUUGUAUGUCCCCCCCCCAGCCACAGCCCGGCUCUCGGGGCGGCUCCCGGCCCCGCUCCCGAAGGCAUCCCUUGCUAGUGCAGCAAUAUUUAUUUCUCUCUGGCCCGUCCCCUCAGUGUCGAGCAGGGAUGUGGCAGCCCCGAAUCGCCCAAACCGGCUGCCCAGCAGCCUCCUGCCUCCGGCCCGGCGCCACCAGCGCCCCCGCAUUGGCUUUAGCAAUUGGGUGUUAUUCGAGAUGAGACGCCAUUGGCACCAGGAUUUGCAGUUUGGAGCAAGAAAAAAAUGAAAAGAAAUAAACUAAAGUGAAUUCA